UGUAGCCUCUUUUGAAUGAUACAAACUUUGAGUGUGUGGGAGGCAUCUGUCACAUGCGACUGAGUAGUCGAGUAAAAAAAUAACGACAACCAAAGAACCAGGUGACCCUUUACAACAAGGAAGGAAAAAGACUUCGAUAGGAAAUGUUUUGAACAAAGUAAUGUCGCGAAGCUUCAACAAACCUAACUCUGGAUAAUGUUAAUUGCAAACCAUGGAAUGCAGCAACUGGUAAAGCGCCAUUGAGCGGGAAUAGUCUCCCCGAUGGCGGUUUAAAAAAAAACUGGGCGAGAGAGCAGUGUAGUCCCUUCCUGCAAAAAGCGGUGACUCAAACCUAACCAUCCGGGGCUCCUUAAACUAGUGAACAACUUUUAUUUCAAACUUCCCAGUUUCCUCUGCAUCCGGCGCGCUGUGUAAGUUUCAUUUCUGUACAGUGUUGACGUAUGAUCAGGAACAGAUUUUGGUCUACUUUAUUUUUUGUUUCCACAGGCCGAAUACAUCGUUCCGUUUCCGUGGGGGACAGCGAUCGUAGAUGUUAAAUUGCAAUCUGUUUCAUAUUUUAGAUUUGCAUCAAUCCAUUGUCAGGCGCAGACUAUUCUUGAGGGAGAACGGUUGUGAAAAACAUGUAAUGUCUGCCUGGCGUGUUGGAACAUGCACCUCGCACAGCUGAGCCAUGGUCGAAGAUGGCGGAGUUGUUAUCUUGGGAGGCAGACACCAGCGCUGCGGCAGAGGUGUACCUGGCAGACAACAGGCUGAAUUUAGACGUCUAUCCAAAUGGCACCAGGCACUUUUUGGUGCUGUGCAAUGCUCGCAGGGAGGAGUUACUACAGAUUGAGUUUCUACGACUAAACUGCAAUGAGGAGGAGAUCAGUUCAUCACUUUCCAUCAUUCCUGAACUACGGCAGCUGAAAUCACUCGUGCUUAAAGGUGGUCAUCUAUGGGAUGAAUAUGGCAUGUGUCUGCCUGGUCUCGUUACAACUUUGCCUGUGGAGUUUACACAUCUCCAGCACUUGACCCAUUUGGAUCUGAGCUUCAACAGCUUCACCUCUUUGCCUGAAUGUGUGACGGAUUUAAAGGAGCUGACGGUGCUCUUGCUGAGUCACAACAAGCUGGCUGCGCUGCCCGACAGCAUUGGCAAGCUGGUAAAACUGACUUUUCUUUCCCUGAUGAAAAACCAGCUGAGGGUGCUGCCCGCAAGCGUUGGUGAACUUGUAGCGCUUCAGAGAGCAGACUUGUCCGAAAACGAACUGGAAUUGCUUCCCGACGAGAUAGGAAACCUCUGCAGUUGUACCUGGAUAGACCUUUCGGGGAAUCGACUGAAAACUCUCCCAUCCUCACUUGCAAACAUGACAUCUCUUGGGGAAUUGCAUCUGCACAGCAAUCAACUAGUAACGGUCCUGGCAAGCCUUGCAGACCUCCCCAACUUGUCAAGACUUGCUCUGCAGAACAAUAGUCUGCGCUCGGUGCCUCCUGAGAUUCAAAAUUUCCCCUUUGUGCAUUUGGAGGGCAAUCCAAUAGGGGAGACAGACAGCCCUGAAGAACAAGAACAUGCCGAACCAAAAGAAGUUGUGAGCCGAUACCUUACGUCUAAUUCAGACAGCUUUACUGUUACUGCUGAAGGCUGCAAUGUUGUUUUGCCCUGCGGGAUUGAGAUCCAUUUCCCUCCGGAGGCAGUGUCCUUGGCGGCUGUGAUUUCCUGCAACAUAAUCCCUCCCGACCCCCAGCAGGUGAAACUCGGCCAUCACGACUUCCUACUGAGCCCUGUAUUGGAACUCCUUCCUCACGGUAUACAAUUUGAAAAGGAAGUGAUGAUCUGGAUGCCGUAUAUUAUUCCUCGAGCUGACCACCGAAGAGAAGUUGUGAUGAGAACAUUCAAUGGGAGCUGGACCAACCUGGAGACCAAGAUUUCCAAGUCGCGAUAUGGGGCCUGCUGCAGAGUGCUCCACUUCUCCUGGUUCAUUGUCAUCUCGCGGCUGAGGGAGAAUAGGUGCACCGUCCCCAUGGAAGGGACCUUGUUGUUCUCGUCUGUGGAUCCCAACAUCAAGGUGACCUUUCCAUCCGGUGCAGUGAACCACACACGCAGUGUGAAAAUGCAGGUGUUGCCUGUUGCGGUGGAGGAGUUACAUGAACUAACAGAUGAUCAGGAUUCUCUCGCAAGCCCUUUGCUCUGCUUGUCUCAAAACUCAGCUGACAACUUUCUGAAACCAGUAAAGAUUCAGCUUCCAUUACCUUCCGGAAUCACAGGUUUGAAUCUGGACCGAUCCAAAGUUCAUUUACUCCAUGGAGAUCCAGAGGUUGAGGACUGGAUGGACAUUACGAAUCAGGUGGUGCUGGAAUUCACUCACCUUUAUGCUAUUUUUGAAGUUAACCACUUCUCAUGGUACUGGCUGUGGUACACAACCAAGACGUACGUUGGUGGAAUCGCUCAAAAAGUAUAUGAACGCCUGAGGAGGUGGCAGGUCAACUUCCUGGCGCGGCAGAGGAAGAGGGAUCCAGAGCAAAUAUUCCUACAGUGCAUUCCCAAACACAAGGUUGAGUCUGUUUGCAAGAAUUUGCAGAAGAGGUAUUGGGGACCCGAGCCAUCUGAUAUUGUCGAAAUGUUUGAAGGAGAAGAAUUCUUUGCUGGAUUUGAAAAGGGAAUUGAAAUUGUUUCAGAUCGGCCAGAUUGCAUAGAUGGGAGAAUCAGUUUCACCUUUUACUCACAUCUGAAGAACAGCAAAGAGGUUUAUAUCUCCACUCUAGAUGACAGGAAAACACAGGCUGUGAAAGGACAGGUUUCCUUUUACCGAGGAUCCUUACCAUCAAAUAUACCUGAAGAGGCUGCGAGGAAGCGGAAAGGACCAGAUUCGAUGUGGCUGGCCACUUUGCCAAUCAAGUUGCCAAAACAGAAAACAAGACUUCAUAAUGAGUCAAGAAAGGAAUCAUCAUAUCCACCAUUAAAUCUAGGUGAUGAAGAGACUGGCUACCUGACUGAAGUGAAUCUUUUGAGUAUUGCAAGAAGGAUCGGGCCAGAAUGGCAGAACAUUGGAAUAAAUCUCGGUUUAACCUACUCACAAUUGGAAAGAAUAGCCCACAAUCACAGGGACGACCUGGGCAAGCAAAUCCUGGAGAUGCUCUUUACAUGGGCACGCUGCAAUGCAAAUGUCUCAGGCUGCAUCAGUCAUCUCAUUGAAGCGAUGAAGGAGAGCGACCGGGAAGAUAUCGCGGAGGAAAUACACAGUAUAAUUGAACUUGGCAAGAAGAAGUACCGCGAGUCCAUUUAUCGAGUUGGACUGAGCCAGGAAAGCAGCAAUGAAGAUUCAGCCAUUGCAAUGGUCUAACCGUGAAGGCACUGGUCUUCGAUCGCAGAUCAAUGAAAAUGCAUUGAACCUUUGGUGAUGGUGCUACAGGAGUUGUUAACUCCUGAAUUAGAAUUUUAUUCAAUAUUUAUUUUUGAUGGAAGUCAGUGUCAAGGAGCGUAGUGAACUCUUGGGAGUUCUAUUGGAAAAUUGCAUCACAAAUUUCUGGGUUUGUAUUUUAUGUAAAUAUAGAGAAGGCUUCAAGACUGAACACAAAAUUUGAAGCGAUGAGCAAUUUACAAUAUUAUUUCAAUUGGAGUGAAGAGCCCUUUAUUUCACUGAUUGUUUGAUUGAUACUUUAUUGUCACUUACUAGCACUGGAACAAACUGUCCACCUUAAAUCUACAUCAAAGAUUUACUCCAUCAGAAUCUGCUAGUCAAAGCCCUUCCUGUUCCCCAUGCAAUUUUGGUAGAAGGAGUGUUUUCCCAUUUAGAAACACAAGUCUUUGCAUUGUGAGUUUCCUAGUACAGUAUUGCCGAACUCUGAUGAAUGGGUACGGUCUGAAAUUCUGGCAGAUCGGGUUGCUAUGAGGCAGUGACAAACCAGGAAGAGAACUUGGCAACACCACACAAUGUCCGCCUUCUUACAUUGCAGGCGUCAUGUUAAUGCUUCCUCCCUAAAGCUUGGCUUUUUUAGAUGAAUGUUGUACUUCACAGUUUAGCAGGCCCAUAUAGAAUAACUAAAUUAGUAAGAAAGUGAGUUCUUAUUGAAUUGUUGAAGUUUUA